AUGUCGACCCAAUCUCCUCACCUUCCCACUCCCAAGGGCACUCGGAAUAGCAACAACGCCAACAACAACAACAACAACAACAACAACAAUCACCGAAGACCCUCGAAGAAGCUGACUACCCCGCAUACACAAAAUUCCACUUUGUUGAGCACCCCGCCAUCUUCGCCCCCGCGCAACAUGAGUCCGGCUGGCGUCACAACCGAUUCAUCGGUCAACGUCCAAAACAAGAAGAAGCCUCCACGCUCCGGCAAGAAACCUCUGCCCCGCAACGGUAAUGGAGUUUCGCCUGCCCCAAGUCAGAACGGGCACCGGCACACCAAUUCGCAACCCAGCGUGGCGACUCCAGCGAAGGAUAGCUCGGCAGCCUAUGCAGGCCCAACCUUCCAUGCGUCACCCGCCCCGUCGGCACUGCCCAUCCCGAGCUUCUUUUCCAAGUCUUUCCCCGAAUCCGAUCUUGCCCCGACUCUAGAGACCGACAGCGACAAUGCGGAGAUAGAACCCGAUCUUGAGACUACUCCGUCCAAACCUCGUGCUGCUCGCCCGCAGACUGCAGCCGUGACUCAGCCGGCGCAACCUUCCCCUCUCGAUUUCCUGUUCAAAGCUGCUGUGCAGGCUCGUACUUCCAAUACCAUGGGUAGUCCCGAGGCCGCCGCUCGUGUGCGCUCGCCGCAGACCGAUUCCAAAGUGUUGCGUUCAAAUCCCAACCACACACCCGGUGGAAUGUUCCCAAUGGAUCUCGAAACUGAGCGUGCCCGGGCUUCGCCAAUCGGUCCUUCGUUUGCUCCUUCGUAUCAAGAUCGCAUGAACGCGUUGCGAUCUUCUAGUUCUCCGUCUCAGUCACCUAGUCCCGCUCUGGGUGCUAGUACUGAAGAUCAAAACCGUUUGAAGACAGAGCAGCUGAAGUACAUGUUGCUGAACCCUCGGCCUCAGGAGCCACCUUCGUCAACAUCUCCACCAGCUCAGGCUCAGCCUGGCAACUACGGAGCUCCCAAUCCUCUUCGGCCCAACAUCAAAUCGACCGUCCCUCACUACGCCACUCCGAUGCGCACGUACUCGGGUCCUCCAGCUCAAGGGUAUUCCGGUCCACCACAUUCAGGGCACACUGACAACAACCAUCAUAACAACGCUGGUCGUCCGUCGUACCCUUACACCCAUGCCAAUGGCUCCCAGCCCUUCCGGAAUACAAACUCGCCUCUGAGACGCGAAGUCCCCGGAGUUAAUGGCUAUACCAAUGGCUAUGGCAAUGGUUACUACAGCAAUGGUCACUCUUCUGGCCAAUCGUCGCCUGCACCCUACGGGAAUAAUCAUUAUGCGGCCACUGCUCCCGCUCCUAUGCCGCACCAGGCUGGCUUUAUCUCUCCACAGCCGCAGUACACCCAUGCAGCUUUUCCCCUGCCAACUAAUUCUCCAUCUCCGGCAACUUCCCGGCCGAUCGAUACCAAGAAGAUGGAGGAUGACUUGCGGCGAAUCCUGAAGCUGGACGCUGCUCAAGCUCCUGGGCCAGGCCUUCCAUCUAGUGGCAUGCAGAGUUCAUUUGCUGCUUAG